CUUGCUUGUUCCCUUGCUGGGAUUCCUCGUUUUGGUGGUCCUGGUCAAAAUGGGCUCAGCCUCGUCCCAGAUGUACCCCAACGCCACGGAAUGGCCCGUCACCAACGACGAAGGUCUCUACAUGGCUUACCAAGAUGGCGGCAAAUGGGUCAAUUGGUGGGCUCGAGAUCGUCCUGGAGUGUUCUCUUUUUUCACCAAGGUGGCUGCCAUCACGGACAUGAGCAAUAUACCGGAGUCCACGGAGGCCCUGAAUGAGGCCCUGCCCGUCCGAGAGCCUUAUUGGAUCCGAGAGCCUGAUCGCUUUGGACGUCCUGGCAUUCGAGCCACAUGGCUAGGGCAUGCGUCGGUUUUAGCCGAGGUUGAUGGCGUGUCGAUUCUGGCUGACCCUAUCUUUAGCGAACGGGCCAGCUUGUUCCAAUGGGCCGGGCCCAAACGUUACCGUCCCCCUGCUUGUACUGUCAGCGAAUUGCCCGAAUCGCUGGAUGCGGUGGUGAUCUCUCACAGUCACUACGAUCAUUUGGACUACAAUUCCUGUAUGGAUUUGCAGCGCCGUUAUGGAGAUCGGCUUCAUUGGUUUGUGCCCUCGGGGAUCGGUGGAUUUCUACGCGAUUCAAUUGGCGUAUCGGCUGCCCAAGUCCACGAUAUGGUUUGGUGGGAGGAAGAGACUUUGCCGGGUACCAAUGUGACCGUGGCUUUUACGCCUAACAAUCAUUGGAGUCGUCGGGGAUUGAUGGACGAAAAUGACGACCUUUGGGGUAGCUGGUCGGUGUUGGGACCGCAGAAUAAGUUCUGGUUUGGCGGGGACACAGGUUAUUGCGAUGGCUUUGUUCAAAUAGGUCGGAAAUAUGGUCCCUUCGAUCUCUCAGCCAUUCCCAUUGGAGCUUACUAUCCCCGUUGGUUCAUGAAGUGGGUCCAUGUGGAUCCCAGUGAAGCCAUCAUGGUGCACAAGGAUUUGAUGUCGAAGAAGUCAUUGGGCAUUCAUUGGGGCACAUUCAAGCUGACCAAAGAAUAUUAUCUCGAACCCAGAGAGGCCAUUCAGGAGUUGGCCCGUGAAGACCCGCUCGUCGGGGCGGAUGCUUUUCAAACCGUGAACAUUGGAGAAACUUUGGAGGCAUAGCUUCAGUUUGCCUUGUCAGAUUCUCUAGCAAUUAACUCUGAAGCCUAAAUUUCGUUCGUAACCUACAGAAAUAAAAGAAUAUUUCGUCUUGGCAA